AUGUCUAUAGUGAGACUAGUUACUGAGGACUGGGUCCUAGAGUCUAAACGUGAGAGAUUGGAAGUCCGACCAACGCUGAGCUUUUCCGAUGAAGACAAGGCUGGGACUUUUCAACCACACGAUGAUGCCUUAGUAGUAACCUUUCGGAUUGGAGGGUACGAUGUGAAAAGGUUCCUGGUCGACCAAGGUAGUAGGGUAGAGAUCAUGUAUCUCGAUCUGUACAACAAACUUAUUUUGAAACCCAAGGACUUAGUUAGCUACGAUUUCCCUUUUGUAGGAUUUGAUGGAAAAACGAUCAUCCUGAAGGGCCUGAUCAGUUUGCCUAUUCAGACAGGAUCUGAAGUGGUCGAAGUGAAUUUUAUUGUAGUGGACACCUAUUCACCUUAUACUGCUAUCUUAGCAAGACCAUGGCUCCAUACCAUGGUGGCUGUUUCUUCAACUUUGCAUUUGAAGGUGAAGUACCUUUCAGGGGGGCAGGUCAAGGAGUUGGUUGGAAAUCAGGCCAUGGCAAGGUAG